AUGGAGGCCCCCCGGAAUCGAAAGCAGCGCCGUGCGGCAGCUGCAACAUCGUCUUUUGCCUCCGAGGAUCCUGACAUCCCUCUCGCUCUUCCGCAACGUGACGAUCCGACCAAGAAGACCAGCGAACGGACAUUAUAUGACAUCAUUGCAGAGCGCCAAAAUGAGCUCCUCAGACAACAAGAAGGCCUGAGGAAAAAGGGGCCAGGGUCGGCAAUGGUCAAAGGAAUACCCUCACAACCAACCGGGACCCGAUUUGUGACUGUCGACGCGUCGGGGCAAUUGGUGGAUACCGACGGCGACAUCGACAGCCAAAUCCCCACGAACAUGGGAACUCAAAACUCUCAUCCCAUUCGCAUGGUACCACAUAACGACAAUCACGACGACCCUGAAUCCGAAGAUGACAAGUCCCUCCCGCCCUUCCUCGACACCCUCCUCCUCGCCCUCCCCCUAACAACCCUCCACCUCACCCUCGCCUAUCUCGCAGCCCACCAGUACGCCGAAGCGACCAACGUCCGUGGCCUCAUCAAGGAAUCCAUUUUCAUCACAUUUCCCCUCCUCACAUUCCUCGUCCACUUCGUUCAUGGCCACAUUGUCUCCUUCAAGCUGCGCAGUAGCCUGGGCUUUCUCGCGGCGCAGCCUGUCUCAGUACUUCCGCUCACGCGCGACAAGUUCACAUUCUCAUUUCUCCGGCGUGUGGUCUUUCCGCCGACCCUGCGCACCAUAUUAUUACUACCCAUAUCGGCCUUCCUGGGUGCUCAUCUCAUAACAGUCACGAACGGGGAGCCGUACUACGCUGUUAUGAAGAAGGCGCCUGCUUAUGGCACAAUAUGGAUCUGGUGUAUUCUAGAGAUGUCUUUGGGGCCGGCGGUUAUUGGGGCGCUUGGGCCAUUGAUAUGGGGUGUCUAUUGGAUGGGGUACGGCAUUUUUUGA